GAGUGUAUUUGGAACGAGGCUUACGACAGCCUGAAAUUAGAUGAACCCAAACUGGUGCAAGCAUAUGAGAAGAUCUUGUCUUUACACUUGAGGGGAGACUCGGUUGUUUCUAUGGAUCAAGUGUCCGAGAAAAAUGUCAUCCAGGAAGAAAAUGUGUCAAUCCGGAGGGCGCAGAUGUGCCAGUUGAUCGAUAAUGGCUUGAAUAAAACCAUGCAAGAAGCGAAUGUCAAGGGCAACAUAGGCACAGCUAUGCAAGUUGCCAACGCUACGAAAAAACUGAUUGGCGACACAAUCAAGGAUAUACCACAGGCCGUCCUUCCUUGGGCUAUAGUUUGCGUUUCUCUCGAGAUGUUGACAAAUCCUAUAUCGCAAACCGAAGCCAAUCACAAAGCUAUCAAAUACAUUGGAGAUACGAUAAAGUGGUACUGGGAACAUGCCACACGACUCUUUGGAAAAGACCAAGCAGAAAAUCACAUGGAAGGUUUUCAGCGCGAAUUACAGUCGGCGUUUAUCGACUUUUACAAAAAGCUUCUAAAAUUUCAAUUGCAAAGCAUUUGUGACUACUACAGGCAUCGAGGUGUUGUUUUCUUGAGAGAUCUCGUAAAACUCGAUGACUGGGAUGGCAGUCUGAGAUCUAUUCGAGAGAACGAUGAGUCUCUUCGCAAUAAAGUCAAUGGGUUCCUGGGAUAUAAAAUAGAGUCACAUCUUGAAGAUUUAACUCUUCAAGCCAAGGGACAGAAUAAGCAUCAAAGGACACAAGAAGACCAACAGUGUCUCAGAGACCUAUUUAUCACUGAUCCGCGUGACGACAAGACGCGUAUCGAAGAAACAAAGGGAGGCCUAUUUGAAGACUCGUAUCGGUGGAUUCUUGAGAAUCCCACAUAUCAGGAGUGGCACAAAGGUGAUCAAAAUCGGUUGCUCUGGCUUAGUGGGGAUCCGGGCAAAGGAAAAACGAUGCUUCUCUGCGGUAUCAUCCAGGAAUUGAUGCAACAGCCAGAUACGCCUUUAGUAACGUUCUUUUUCUGCCAGGCCACGAUACUGAGCAACAAUGACUAUGUAUCAGUUUUACGCGGCCUGAUUUGGUUGUUAGCAGACCAGCAACCUUUUCUAAUAUCAUAUAUUAGAAAGCCAUAUGAUAAUACCGGCAAGGCACUCUUCGAUGGAGCAAAUGCUUGGUAUAAACUGUCACAAAUCUUCAACAAUAUGCUGUGUGACAACAACUUGCCACCAGUCUACAUAAUUAUCGACGCCCUUGAUGAGUGCACCACAGGCCGAACCGAGUGCUUGCAUCUCAUUCAAAAGCUUUCGACCUUGCCAAAAGUCAAGUUACUUGUAUCCAGCCGCAACUGGCCCGAAAUUGGAGGCAAGCUAAUUAAUGAGAUGAACCUUAGCCUUGAAGUAAAUGCUGGACUUGUUAAAACGGCUGUGGAGCUAUACAUUUCUUAUAAAGCAUCCCAACUCUCUAUUCUACGCGAUGAACUCCAAUUAAAAGAGGAAGUUUGCUAUCGAAUGCGAAGUAAAGCAAACGGCACAUUUCUAUGGGUUGCAAUGGUCUUUAAAAGCCUCGGUUGUAUGGGAUAUUUUGACGAUACUUCCAAAAUCAUAGAAAUGCUAGAUGAAAUGCCUGAGGACCUGACUCAACUUUACGCUACUAUGCUGGAGCGAAUUUCUCUACUAAGAGGAGAAAGCCCAAAGUUGUGUCGAACCGCUCUGGCUAUUGCAACAUUGGUUAAUCGGCCGUUGCAUCUCGAUGAACUUUCAACUCUAGCAGGAUUUCACGAUCGUUUGAAGAAAACAUCUCGCGUCGAGGAACUAAUAAAAAGUUGUGGCGCAUUUUUAACUGUUCAAGAGAACAAAAUCUAUUUCAUACACCAAUCGGCAAAGGAAUACUUGGCCAGCGACGUAUCAUCACAGUCUUUCAUAUUCCCUGAAAGAACGGAUAAAGUCCAUUAUAGCAUCAUUUCAAAUUCAUUAGACGCUAUGUCACAGAUACUGCGAGAAAAUAUCUACAAGUUGGAACACCCAGGAAUUCUCAUCGACGACGUUUGCCCGCCAAAGGAUAAUCCACUGGAUCCUAUACUUUAUUCUUGCGUCAAUUGGGUUGCCCAUUUGUGUGAAAUAGAUGAUCAAAGCCAUUUGGAUGGUCUUAUUGAUAAGGAGAAAAUUUUGGGCUUUUUGAAGACACACUUUCUCCAUUGGCUCGAGGCUCUUAGCUUGACGCGAAAUCUAUCAGUCAACACAAGCCACGUCAAACGGCUCAAUAAGUUGCUAAAACAGAAUUCUACGGAGAAUGAGCUUCAAAAAUUCGUUUAUGAUGCCAGCAGAUUCAUGCAAUACCACUCUCGGAUCAUUGAAACUGCGCCAAUGCAGAUAUAUUCAUCAGCUGUUUUGUUCAGCCCCACCGAAAGUCUGGUGCGGUCUGACUUCAUUGGCAACUUAUCCUCUUGGAUAACAUCAACGCCUGCAACGGAUAGACACUGGAGUUCAUGUCUACAAAUAAUCGAGACCAAAGAUCCGGUAGCAGUGAAUUCUAGAGAUAUGAAUCUCUUGAUCUUGAAUCACAGUUCUGAGGAUGUUGAGAUCUGGGAUAUUACCCUAGGCCAGCGGAUUCACGUCCUCAAUCAUGCAGAAACUGUCCGCGACCCAGUAUUUUCGAGCGAUUCAAAGCACGUGUUAACGUUGACAUCAGUUCAAUUGAUAUUUUGGGAUACGAUAUCUGGCGAAAUGAUACGAGAUAUCAAUAUUAAAGGACUAUAUGUUACUGCUUACCGACUCAAAAUCUCUAAUAAUGGGAAAUUUAUAGCGGCCCAGGUGCCUGAUGGAUCUUUUCAGAUAUGGAACGUUGUUGAAGGCACGAAAUUCGAAGUUCCUUGGCCGUAUGAUUCAUCCUUUCGGGUCAUCAAAUGGUCAAAUGAUUCCAACCUUCUCUUUAUUGCUACGCUACAUUCUGCUCUUCUCUGGGAUGUGGCGAGGGGCACGUCCAAAAAAUUGUUUGACCGAGAUCGUAUUCAAUGUCCAUACCGGGUCAGCUUUUCAAAAGAUUUUGGUCUUAUGGCUUUUAUGGACGAAGUGUCCGAAGGGAUUGUCAUUUGGGACAUGAUUAAAGACGAAAAGGUUCAGAUAAUCAGUGCACGCAUUUACCGAAAAGAAGCUACAUACAUUGAGUUUUCGGAUAAUGCCACGCUUCUUGGUAUGGCGCGAGGCCAAUGUCUUGAAAUCUGGCAUAUCGCUACCGGAAGACUUCAUUCUUCUCUACGAUUUCGAUCACAAGAUAUCAGACAAUUGCGGUGGUCCAGUGAUUCAGAGGCCUUGGCCGUUAUCUUUCAGGACAGCGUUCAAAUAUGUGAUCUAACUGAACCUAUACAUUGGAAGCAUAUGUACAUCACAAAUCAGGCCUAUCCAAUCAUGUUCUCGUGUAAUUCUAUGCUGGUGGCUACUUUGAGGGAAGAUAUCGAAAUCUGGGAUUCGACAACUGGAAGUGUGAUUCAAAGAUUAGCAAUACCCGUUUGGAGCUCUCCUCUUAUUCGUUUACAAUUUUCACAAGACUCAAAUUGCAUCUACACGAACGACAAUUCUCAUGGUUGGGACUCUUGGGGUAUUGCGUCGAGUAGGCCUUCUCUUGAACUUCCGUUUUCCCACGAGCAAAAAUUUCAGUCAGCGUUCUCACUUGAUGGAAGAUUUUUCGCAUUUAAUAGACAAGGGCUUCACCUAUGGAACUUGGCCGCAGAUGAAAGGGCCUCCUAUUCAAUAACUCCAUCAAAGGCAGAAGUUGCUCAUUUGGCACUAUCUAAUAGUGACGUAUACCUGGUCUUAGUUUCUAAGACUAAAUGCAGUUAUGUUACAACAAAGAUUAAUAUCGAUGUAUGGGAUGUAGAAGCUGGAGAGAAACUAGAAACAGCAGACGACAGCACGUUACUUGAAGGGAAUCCAAACAGAUACGAACGAUGCGGAGCCUGUAGCAGCUACGGAGACCUUUAUGAGUCGAGUUCAGUCGCAAUAUCCGAUGAGGGCAUAGUGAUUUAUAUACCACCAUCCCGCCAUGAGAUGGUAAUUUGGUCAGGAGGAAAGAAGAUUUACGAGCUCCCUAUAUGUUCCAUGUACUUUGAGCCACGUUUCGACAUUGAGACGCCAUACAUUCUUACGCAACUUGGUCGCAUACAUCUCGAUACACUCAUAUCUCGAACGGCAGGAUCCUCUCGCUCUAAGAUUAUAUAUGACUAUCAGUGUAUGACAGAAGGUUAUGGUAUAAGUUUUAACGGAUCUUGGAUCACCUGGAAUGGGAAAAACACUCUGUGGCUUCCGCCAGAUCACCGU